CUCUCUCUCUCUCCAUCCCUGCCUUUGACGACAGAAAAAUCAAAAAUGGAAAACCAUACUCAAUCUCAAUACCAAAUUUAAAAAUAAAUAAAUAAAUUGUGGUGGGUUACGCAGCAGGUUUUCAUUGGGAACCAAACAAACUGCACCUAAACGUCCUGUACGUAAAAGUUCUGUCCAGUUUGAAGAUUAUUUAUCUAUCUCCGUCUAUCCCAAGUAAAAUUAUUCAGUCGCACUCUCACUCCUCUGUAUCGACUCCUCUGUAUCGGGUUCUCUGAUAAAGAAGGAAAUAUCGGGUUCUCUGAUAAAGAAGGAAAAGACCCCCAAAAAAAAAAGGAAAAAAAAAAAAAAAGGUUAUCUGAUAAAGAAGGAAAAGACCCCACAAAAAAAGAGAAAAAAAAAAAAAAAAGAAAAUGGGAGGCAAGGUUUUGAGGCUGACUUGCACGCCACCCACACCAUUACCCAGUUCGUCUUCGACCAUCUAUUCGAAGCCUUCAAAAAACUUUUUUUGCCCCUCUCUUUUCAAACCCAAGUAUCCACCCCGCUCAGUUUUAGCAAAGAGCUUCAGCGAAGAAGAGCGACUUUUAGAGGGGCUUCCUAAGGAGUAUUAUGACGAUGAAUGGCAAGCCCGACAGAGGGAAAAGACAAAGGAGUUUCAUCGAAGACGUCGGAAGGAAGAAGAAGAAGAAGAAAGAAAGGUUGCAGAGUAUCGUGAAAUUGGUAUGAGACUCAAAGGGUAUCCUGAAGAAGAUGUCCGUAAAGCUCGGAGAUUGGUUUCGAACUUAAUCAUGUCUGCUGAGGAAGUUGAAGAGAAAAUUGAGGAAGCUGCAGAGAAAGGGGAACUCACUGAACUUGUUCUUAUGGUGAUCUGGAAUCGCCUUGAUCUUGCUCGACGUGAUGACGAAAAGGAUGCUAUCAGAAGUCUUGAUUUACUUUACAGAAGGGUUGAGACUGAGAUAUUGAAACGGGAGGCUACUCCUGCCAUGAGACUACUCAACGAUCUUUUGAAUUUGCAUGAUGGGUUUGAUGAUGAAAGAUGGCUGAAGGAAUGCAAAAAACGCAUGGUUGAUAGUUUUCCACGGGAGGAUCCAUUUAGUAUUGUUCUUCCUGUCGGAUUUGACAUUAAUAAGCAUGAAGGGCAACUGCGACCACCACUUGAAGCUGAUGAUGCUUUGUUAAGAGUAGACUUUGUUAGAGAGGUUGACGCGUUGCUACAGGAGGUUCGGGCUGAAGAACGUGAAGCACAAAUUGCACAAGGGCUUGAUCCUGAAUCCAUUGCCAAUAGGUUGAAGCAACAGGAGAAGCAUCGAACCAUACGCCAAGUAGAAGCUCUACUGGACCUGGCCAUUAAUUUAAAAUGGUAGCCAACUUUUUGUGUUUUCAUAACCCAAUUUUGCUUUUGAGAGGAUGGAGAAAAGGUGGGAAAGGGUGGUUGCUGCGCUUAGAACCCCAAAAAUGGCUUUUUUAUAAAUCAGUUCUGUGAUGAAGAGUUUCUUAUGAAAUAUGACUUUCAACAGAAUUUGCA